UCAACCAUGUCUGUCAACGAAAUACCUACAAUACCUAUUUACUUUUACUACCAAAACAAUGGAAAAUUGCAAUAGAAUAGUAAAUUAAAAUAUUCAAAUUACAAAAUCAAAGAGUAACUCAGUUUACUACAGAGCACAUUUUUCAUAUUUUCUAGACAAUACUGCUUUUCUUCAAUGCGCUUAUCUUUAUCGCUUGUUUUUAUCUUUGUGUUAAGUUACAAAUAUUGAAAAACCAAUUAUAUAUUAUUAUUAUGGAUUGGAGCGAUUCUCUUAUUUUGCCCAAGAAAGAAGAAAAUGAUAUGACAGUACAAAUAGAGAUUCCAUUUAAUGUAUUACAAUAUCUUACUUCAGAAGGCAGUUCCAUUCACAAUUUAUGCCGAAUUUGUCUGCUAGUGCAACCAAACAUGACUUGUUUGUUUACUCCUUCAAAUCUAUCAUUAAAUGAGAUGUUGUCAGCAAUCUCAUCAGUGCAGGCGCAGGUAGACGAUGGGCUGCCCUCACAGAUUUGUGAUACAUGUUCGGCGCAAAUUAUUAGCUGCUACAAAUUCAAAGAGAAAUGUGAUAAAGCAGAAUUUAUGUUGAAAUCUUUGUUGAAAGGAGAGUUUUUAAGUGAAGAAAAGCAAAGCAAUACAGUCCAGUCAGAGAUCACAGAGAUAUCUGAUAAACUUGAAGAACGGCAUGCAGAUAAUACCGCCAUUUAUUUAAUAGAAAAAUGUGAACAAGGCGAUUAUAGUACAAAAAAUAGCACUGAUAUAAUUGAUGAUAGUGGAAACACAAAAGAAAAUGGUGAAUUUCAUGAAGAUAUACAGUAUCUUGAAUCUUUAUCUGACAAUCCUAGUGAUGCAGAAACAUCUUAUACAAGAAAAGAAAAAAAACAGUACAAGAAAAAAAAAAAACACUCAGUUUCCGAUGUAAAAUCGGUUUUGGAACAAGUAUUAACAGAUAAGACAGAAUGUUUAGAAAAUGUCCUAGCUUGCGCAUACUGCUCUAAGACAUUUAAGAACCAAAAGGCGCUGGCGGCUCACAUGAACAAGCAUAAUAGGUCAGAGCCUUUGGAACAAAACUGGUUCCCCUGCGCGCAUUGCAAGGAGGUGUUCAAUUCUGAACACGACCUGAUCCUGCACAACUCUUUACACGAUAAGACCCAAUCAGCGUGGAAAUGCAAUAGAUGUUCCAAGGAAUUUAAGGCAAGAUCAAUGCUACGUCGCCACAUAUACCGGCACAUGGAUUCGAAGCGGUUCUCUUGCGCGCAUUGCGGCAAAGCGUUUGUGGAGUUGUACGCUUUACGACGACACGCGCGCGUCCACACUGGCGAACAGCGCGAGAAGAAACACGUGUGUCACAUCUGCGAUAAACGUUACGGCGAAAGUAACUUAUUAGCUACACACAUGGCCUCACACAGCGGUGAGAAGCCAUGGCCCUGUCCUGAAUGCGACAAACAGUUCGCGAGCGCUCGCCUGCUCGCUUCCCAUCGCGCUGUUCACUCUUCUAAGAAGCCUUAUGCCUGCAAAUACUGUGAGAGGCGAUUCCGCCACGAGUCGACACGCAACACUCACCAUCGGACGCACACCGGUGAGAAACCAUACGUGUGUUCCACUUGCGGGAAGACCUUCAUACAGAACUCCAACUUGAGACUACAUAUGCGAACCCAUACUGGUGAGCGUCCGUACGAAUGCAAGUCGUGUUCGCGCAGGUUCACGUCCGGGUCGUCGCUGAAGAGCCACGAGCGCACGCACACGGACGAGCUCAAACACGCCUGCACGCAUUGCGGAAAGAAAUACACGCGCACGAACCUGCGCGCGCACAUGCGCGUGCACGAGGGCGUGCACUGCGCGUUCUCGUGCAGCGCGUGCGCGCGUCGCUUCCCGAGCGCGCGCCGUCUGCGCGACCACUGCCGUCUGCACACCGGUGAGAAACCCUUCGAAUGCUUGAACUGCACUCAAACGUUCAGAACAAAGUCGCAACUGAAACAUCACUUGAAACAGCACGAUAAAGAGGAACAGAAACGGAAGAAGAAACUGACCAAUAAAAAGAAAAAAGAGGCCGAACCGACGCUAGAAAUAAUUGAUUACACAGAAGGAAACCAAGUGCCGCUGGAGGUGACUGGAGAAUUAGUGGUACAAGACGAGGAACAAGCUGAAAUUCUAAUCGUUGAUAAUAGCAAAUUGGAGGUUGGGCUCGAAACCGGGAACAUUUGCCUGGACGGUGUAACCUAUAUGGACAAUGAUAAUAUCAACUUAGUGACGGUUAAUGAAGGCGGUUUGAGUAUCACGUCCAGCGCGACACUGCAAGGCAGCACUGUCAACUUGUAUCAGAUCGAUCAAAGCCUUGUUCAAUUUCACACCAGCGGUACUCAAGUAACUAUUAGUAAGAUUACGAGCAAAAUGACUACUAACUUUUAAUCGUGUUAGAUCUUGUGUAUGUUAUGUAUUUCAAGUAAAUAGCCAAAGUUACAUUUC